AUGGCCGGUGACCCGAUCCUCCUCACUGUGAACGCUGGGCGGUACAAGGCCUUCUACUACUGCAACUCCGUCGCCUUUGUAGCCUCCUUGGUGGCCAUCAUCCUGGUCCAAAGCAAGGUUAUGCUCGAGACCCACGUGCUCGAGGCAGCCAUGGUACUGGACUUGUUUGGCCUCAUCGGAGCAUAUGCUGCAGGAAGUUCUCGGGACUUGAGCACCUCCAUUUAUGCCAUGACCUUGGCGGGUGCUGUCCUAGUCUAUGUAGUGAUCCAUGUUGUCUUCUUCACACUGAACCACGGCGACCCCACCCCAGAGGAAAUUAAGUCUGUGGACAAGAGGCGCAAGCGGUUGCUCCUUUUCGCAGUAUUGGCAGCGACCAUCACUUACCAGGCUGGGCUGACACCUCCGGGUGGCUUCCGGCUCCAGGAUGAUGGGUCUAGCGGGCACCAGGCAGGGGACCCGGUCCUCUUCUACAAUUUUCCCCGCCGCUACACAGCCUUUUUCUACUGCAAUUCGGUGAGCUUCAUGCUGUCCAUUGCCCUCAUCAUAUUGCUCGUGAACCCCCAUUUAUACAGGCCAGCCAUACGAAGCUAUGCGCUCGCUAUUUGCACGGCGGUGGGCAUGUUUGGCCUGAUGGGUGCCUAUGCUGCCGGAAGCACGCAACAUCUGAAAACAUCCAUCUACAUCUUCGCGCUGGUGGUUGUGGUCCUCUUCGUCAUAGCUGUACUGCUACUAGUGUUCUUAGAUAACAGAAAUGCAAACGUGACCAGUCAACCGAGGCCAGAUAAUGAUGAUGACGAAGAACGAAAGACAAAACAAGCCAAGCGCAAAUACCUGAUGCUGCUAGGAAUCCUUGUGGCGAGUGUCACCUACCAGGCUGGCCUAGAUCCACCUGGCGGAGCUUGGCAGCACAGUGGGAGUGGGUACGAUGCAGGCAACCCGAUCAUGCAUGACAACCAGAGGCACCGUUAUCUCGCCUUCUUCUACAGCAACUCCACGUCCUUCGUGGCAUCCAUUGUUGUUAUCAUCAUUUUGCUACUGGAGUGGAAGGACGGGAAGAGAUGGUCGCUCAAGGUCAUGAACACGACCAUUGUGCUGGAUUUGCUCGCUCUCCUAGUGGCCUACGCAGCAGGCUCCAGCAGGGGGUGGAAGACGUCUGUGUAUGUCGUCGGACUAGUUAUCGCAGUGCUGGCAUAUGUUGCAGUCCAUAUAGUGCUGGCAAUCUCAUGUUGUCAUAGCCCGCGGGAAGAGAACAGUGUGGAUCCUGCACAGGUAGCUCCAGCGGCACCCAUUUCUGUUUGA